GAUAAAAUAACUACAAAAAAAAGGCAGAUGCAAUAACAGAAUUAAGCGGAUAAUCUUCCUCGAUAAACAAAAUCGAUCAAAUAUGGAACUCGUAUUAUCCAUAAUUGUUGCUAUUUCUAUUGCUCUUGUGGUGAAAUUACUAAACUGGGCAUACCUGCAGCCGAAGCGGCUGGAGAGAGCCCUGAGGAAGCAGGGGCUAAAUGGUAAUUCAUACAGACUGGUGACUGGCGACUUGAGAGAUAUCAUGAAGGCCACGGAAGAAGCCAAGUUGAAGCCCAUCAAUCUCGAUGAUGAUAUCAAGCCAAGAGUUGUUCCCUUUUUUGUCAACACAUUCUCCAAAUUUGGAAAUGAUGCGUUUUAUUGGCUUGGCCCAAACCCUACACUCAUGGUAGCGAAUCCGGAGCUAGCUAGGGAGGUUCUAACCAAAUCCGAGUCAUUCCCAAAGCCGAAGAGCGCUAAUCCACUGCCUAAGCAACUUGUGCAAGGAGUCGUCAGCUACGAGGGAGAGAAAUGGGCCAAGCACAGAAAGAUCAUCAACCCUGCUUUCCAUCACAACAAACUCAAGCUAAUGAUACCUGCCUUCGUUUUGAGCUGCGAAGAAGUUGUGAGUGAAUGGGAAAAGAGAGUUUCGUUGGAGGUGGACAUGUGGUCUUGUUUGCAGAACAUAACUGCGGAUGCAAUAUCAAGAACUGCAUUCGGCAGCAGCUACCGACAAGGUAGGAGAAUCUUCGAGAUGCAGAAGGAGCAGGCCAACUACGCCAUGAAGGCCAUGCGAUCGCUAUACAUUCCGGGAUGGAGAUACGUGCCCACAAAAACGAACAAGAGAAUGGCUGAAAUAGCAAACGAGGUUCGCUCCAUAAUCGGGGAUCUCAUCGAUACAAGGGUUGAAGCGAUGAGAAAAGAGGAAGCCAGGCAAGAGGACUUGCUUAGCAUAUUGCUAGAGUCGAAUUCGCAAGAAAUCAAAGAGCGUGGCAGCAAGAGCUUCGGGAUGAGCAUGGACGAUGUAGUCGAAGAGUGCAAGCUCUUCUACUUAGCGGGGCAGGAGACAACUGCCUCGCUCCUCGUCUGGGCUAUGGUUAUGCUGAGCAAACAUCCGGAUUGGCAGACGAAGGCGAGGGACGAGAUCUUGCAAGUCUUCGGCCAUCAAACGCCCCAUUUCGAUGGCCUUAAUCACCUCAAGAUUGUUACCAUGAUUUUGUACGAGGUUUUGAGGCUUUACUCGCCGAUACUUGCCUUAAGGCGGGAAGUAGGCAAGGAGACCAAGCUGGGAGAGACGACGCUCCCAGCUGGGGUCCUUCUCACGGUGCCGGUGAUCUUUCUGCAUCACGACCGUGAGGUUUGGGGGGACGACGCGUUGGAGUUCAAUCCGCAGAGGUUUAGCGAGGGAGUGGCGAAGGCGCAGAGGAAGAAGCAUGGCGUGUUCUUGCCGUUCGGGUGGGGGCCUCGCAUCUGCAUCGGCCAGAGCUUCGCGAUGAUGGAGGCUAAAGUGGUGCUGGCUAUGAUCCUGCGACGCUUCCGCUUCGAGCUCUCGCCGUCGUAUACGCACGCUCCCGUCACAGUUGUUACGGUCCAGCCGCAACAUGGUGCUCAUCUGCUUCUGCACAAGCUCUAGAACUAUGGUUGGGAUGAGGAGAUGUUUUAACUAUAAGUUUGUUUAAACUUUAUUUGAUGUUAUGCUUGAACCUAAGUUCUUGAACUCGGGGAAUAAAAAGUGAAUUAAAUAAGUUGGUGAAAUGUAAAGUCUAUUUAAAAAAUUAAUAAAAUAUAAAUGAGACAUGUGUUCGCACACUA